AUGAGGGGUUUUCAGAAUGGCCUCAUCUCCCUGACAUUGCUCCUGCUGUCAUUCUGCUUCCAGUGUCAUGCCAAUCGUCCUGUCUUCGCUCACUACAUGCUCUACGCUCCUUCAGGUCCCGAUAAUCUGGAUGGCUACAAGGCCGAGAUUCAGUACGCCAAGUCCAAGGGGAUUGAUGCAUUUGCGCUCAACACAAAUAGCUGGGAGGACGUGUACAAGACCCGCGCUGACGGGAUCUACCAGGCUGCCGACGAGCUUGGCUUCAAAAUCUUCUUCUCGCUCGACAUGCACAGGGACAACACGCACCUCACUGCGGAGAAUGUCAAAGAGAUGAUUACCCGCUACUCGAGCAGGGCCAGCCAGUACUCCUAUAACGGUAAGCAGUUUGUAUCUACUUGGCUCGGCAACGAGGACACUGUGUUUGAUGGCUACUCCAACGCGCUUGAGGGCUGGAACAAGGCGGUGUUCGAUCAGAUUGGUGGACGUGACAAGUACUACUUUGUAACUUUCUUUCCAACCGGCGGUACCGAGCAGGAGGUGACCAGCAUGAUCAAUAAGUUCAACUCGCUGAUCGAUGGUCUUUAUGCCUGGGAUACUUCGGCUUGGCCUUAUUCCAGCGCGGACAACUUCAAUUCUCCUUCCAACGAUAAAGAUCAAGCGUAUCUUCGAGCUUGCAAGAACGCUGGGAAGUCGUAUAUGGCGAGCGUCAGCCCCUGGUUCUUCAAGCACGACGGAUGCUGCAACGAUGUCUGUACAACUCCGAAGGACCAGACCAGCUGUGGAUGCCAGGUGAAGGGGAACUAUCAGGGAUCCGGUCUCUGGAUAAAACGGUGGGAGCAGAUCAUAAAAGACCAACCAGAUUUUGUAGAAAUAGUUACCUGGAAUGACUGGGUCGAGAGGACCUAUGUUGCAAAAAUGAACAAUCCGAAUUGGGGACCUCAGCAGUCCAACGACCAGGACUUUCCUCACGAAGCGUUCCUGGAGCUGGGCUCGUACUACAUAAGCUGGUAUAAGACCGGGCAGCAGCCUUCAAUCACCGAUGACUCCGUCUUCAUCUUCUACUACUCGCAGAGCGCCAAAGUCACUGCGACGAACGAUCCUUGCAAGCCUCAGAACGCGAAUGUGUUGGAUGAUCGUGUUUAUGUGGUCACCAAGCUCAAGUCCCCAGCCAGCGUUGAGGUGCAGUCAGGAGGUUCAACACAGAGCUUUCCUGUUGAAGCAGGCGUGACGACUGUGUCCAUGCCGUUCCAAGAAGGCCAGCAAAGUGCCAAAGUGACGAGGGAUGGCGCACAAAUUCUUCAAGUUGUUGGAAGAAAGGGCAUCAGCAACAGCUUCUCAACAUAUGACUAUAAUGUGUACUCAGGCUUCAGUGCGCUGGUCCUUCCUGAGUUCCUGACUGCAGCAUAA